AGCGGCGCGAGCCGGGCGCCUGAGAACGUUCGCCUCGGGGGCGGCUCCGGGGCCUGAGCGGGCGCCGCCGCCGUCUCAGCCGCGGGGGCUGGGCCGGAGGAGGCGGAGGAGGCUGCGGCCGCCGGAGACCUUCUCAACGCCCCCCAGCUCCGGCCGGGAAGAUGAUUGAGGAAAGUGGGAACAAGCGGAAGACCAUGGCAGAGAAGAGGCAGCUGUUCAUAGAAAUGCGUGCUCAGAAUUUUGAUGUCAUACGACUAUCAACAUACAGAACAGCUUGCAAAUUACGAUUUGUACAAAAACGAUGCAACCUCCAUCUUGUUGAUAUCUGGAACAUGAUUGAAGCCUUCCGAGACAAUGGCCUUAAUACACUGGACCAUACCACUGAAAUAAGUGUGUCCCGCCUCGAGACCGUCAUCUCAUCCAUCUACUACCAGCUGAACAAGCGCCUUCCUUCUACUCACCAAAUCAGCGUGGAGCAGUCCAUCAGCCUCCUCCUCAACUUCAUAAUUGCUGCAUAUGACAGUGAGGGCCGAGGCAAGUUGACGGUAUUUUCAGUUAAAGCUAUGUUAGCAACCAUGUGUGGUGGAAAAAUGCUGGACAAAUUGAGAUAUGUUUUCUCCCAGAUGUCAGAUUCCAAUGGCUUAAUGAUAAUUAGCAAGUUUGACCAGUUUCUGAAGGAAGUGCUGAAGCUCCCAACAGCUGUCUUUGAAGGGCCAUCUUUUGGUUACACAGAGCACUCAGUCCGCACCUGUUUUCCACAGCAGAAAAAGAUAAUGCUAAACAUGUUUCUAGACACCAUGAUGGCCGAUCCUCCUCCCCAGUGCCUUGUCUGGCUGCCUCUGAUGCACAGGCUUGCCCAUGUCGAGAACGUCUUCCAUCCUGUGGAGUGCUCCUAUUGCCGGUGUGAGAGUAUGAUGGGUUUCCGGUACCGAUGCCAGCAGUGCCACAACUACCAGCUCUGCCAAAAUUGCUUUUGGCGUGGCCACGCCAGUGGCCCUCACAGCAACCAACACCAGAUGAAGGAGCAUUCCUCCUGGAAAUCCCCUGCAAAGAAGCUGAGCCAUGCAAUUAGUAAAUCCUUGGGGUGUGUACCCACCAGAGAACCCCCGCAUCCUGUUUUUCCUGAGCAACCAGAGAAACCACUUGACCUUGCAAAUAUAGUUCCUCCUCGCCCUCUGACUAAUAUGAAUGACACCAUGGUGAGCCACCUGUCCUCCGGAGCGCCCACUCCCAGCAAGAGGUUACAGUAUAGCCAGGAGAUACCCAGUCACUUGGCUGAUGAGCAUGCGCUGAUAGCCUCCUAUGUGGCCCGUCUGCAGCACUGCACACGUGUCCUGGACAGUCCGAGCCGACUGGACGAGGAACAUCGGCUUAUAGCUCGCUAUGCUGCCCGGCUGGCUGCAGAGGCAGGAAACAUGACUCAUCCUCCCACUGACUUGAGCUUUAACUUUGAUGCCAACAAACAACAAAGACAACUUAUUGCAGAACUGGAAAACAAAAACAGAGAGAUCCUGCAGGAGAUUCAGCGUCUCCGUCUGGAGCACGAGCAGGCGUCCCAGCCCACCCCGGAGAAGGCCCAGCAGAACCCCACGUUGCUGGCAGAGCUGCGGCUGCUGAGGCAGAGGAAAGAUGAACUGGAGCAGAGGAUGUCGGCGCUGCAGGAGAGCAGGCGGGAGCUGAUGGUCCAGCUGGAAGGGCUGAUGAAGCUGCUGAAGGAGGAAGAGCAAAAGCAGGCAGCUCAGGCCACAGGAUCACCACAUACAUCACCCACUCACGGAGGCGGCCGCCCAAUGCCCAUGCCCGUGCGCUCCACGUCGGCCGGCUCCACCCCAACCCACUGCCCGCAGGACUCGCUGGGCAGCGGGGACAUGCAGGAGGCCUUCGCCCAAGGUACGAGGAGGAACCUCCACAAUGACCUGCUGGUGGCUGCUGACUCCAUCACCAACACCAUGUCGUCCCUGGUGAAGGAGCUCCACUCAGAAGCCAGCAUUCACCUAGGUGUCCCCUACCAGCAGAGGAAGGUGCAGAGGAAGAAGAAGAGAAGAUGCAGAAUGGGAAAGACAGAGGUUAGCAGAGGAGCCAGGACAGAGAGGAUGCGCGGGCACAGGGGACGUGAAGUGAGCUGGCACCGACACGAGAAGGCGAGGUCCUCCCACAGAGGCACGUUCCUGUCCAUUUUCCCACUGCACACCUGGGCCAGGCUUGCAGGCUGCCAGACGUCACCACCUGCGGGGGAGAGGGAAGUGCAAGCCGCUGGGAAGUGGGAGGGAGCCCUGGUGCCGCCGCGGGCGUGCCCCCACCUCGCACAGUCCUGCAUGAACUAGCAUCUUCAUCACUCCCCUCCGGGCACAGUCUCAUCGCUGCACCAGGAAUUUACUGGAGGUUGAAAAGAGAAAAGAAACAGCACGAAUCUCCUGUGUGUGUGACCUGAUGGACUUCUUGCUGGCUUCUCACCAGCUCGCGGGGUGCUCCCCAGGGAGUGGGGCACAAGUUUCCUCCCUACCUUUGACCUUUAGAAACCCAACAGGUUUUCUCCCCUCUGUCGUGCAAAGACAGCUUCGGGCCUUACUCAGUUCUACAAACAUUCACACCCUGGCCACAGUGCUAAAAAUAGCCUUCCUUUCUCUCA